AUUGUUGGGUGGGGCGCCAGAAAGAGAACAACCUCCAGCUGUGCUGAACAGCCUCCUGUUCUGAAAUAUCGGUCUGUUGUAGCAUUGAGCAUCUUAUCUGACGGCAACAGGUUCACCAAAAGAACUGGAUGACCAAUUAUUUGGUAAAUGCGGAAAAGAUUCUUUUCAUUACUUAUUCCCAAAUUGUGGGAGUGAAUAAUAAAGUCGCAGAAUAGGCUACGUCUAUGUGACAGUCUGGGGGUGUUAGUGUCGUCCGUUUCCAAAGUUCUAAAAGCCGAAAACUUCACUUGGACUUAUAGAGAAAGAGAUAAUGAUUCUUCAAAGGGACCGGCUGCCACAUCUAUAAAAAAAGAAAAGAAUGAUGUCUUACAUCAGUGGUAGAUGGUGGAGAUGGAAGUUCCGGAAGGUCCUUCUGGUUGCCUUAAUCCAGGUGUGCUUAGAGACAUCAGCAGUGCUGAGCUGUCAGGUGGACUGCAAUCAGGUGUUCACGAGCCCCCUGGGAUCCUUCACGUCCCCCUGUUACCCCGGCGACUACCCAAAAAGCCUGGCCUGCAGGUGGACGCUGCGGGCCCCGGCGGGAUUCAUUGUGCAGUUGACCUUUGCGGACUUUGAGCUGGAGGAGGCCCUGGGGUGCAUCUACGACCGGGUCGUCGUGAGCACCGGCAGCAGCGACGUCAAGUUCUGCGGCAUCACCGCGCACGGGCUCACCCUCAACUCCACCGGAAACGUGAUGGAGCUGCUCUUUAGCUCAGACUUUAGCAUCCAAAAGAAAGGCUUCAAUAUCACUUAUAGGCAAGUUGCCGUGGCACUGAGGAACCAGAAGGUAAGGAUACCUCAAGGCGUCGGGCAGGCCAUACAGGCCUCGUCCCUGGUUACCAUUCCGUCCCUUCAGAUGUUCACCGUUUGCUUCGAGAUCGCCCGGCACAAGCAGAGGAGCACCGAAAAGAUAUUCUCUUACACGAGCGGCGGCAGCGACGUCCUCGUCUUCGGGAUGCACGGGGCGGAGAUGGCCCUGGGCAUCAACUCCGUGCAGUGCGGCCUAGGCACCAUCCUCAACCAGAGCGACUUCACGGCGACCAUGAAGAGCUUCUGCUUCACCUGGACCAGCACGUCGGGGCGGGUGAACAUGUACUCCAACGGCUACAGAACCACGUCGUGCACGGACUCCAAGCUGGAGACGCUGGUCGGCGAGGGGGUUUUCAGUCUGGGGGGGGACCGCGACAGCAUCGACGGCGACCUGUACAACUUUCGGCUGUGGGAUUACGCCAUGAGCAGAACGCAGCUCACGGAGCUCACCUGCGACGUUCCAGGCAACGUCCUCGACUGGGAGAACAGUUUCUGGGAUAUUCCCGCGUCCCAUUCCCAAACAGACAGCACACUGAGCUGCAUCUGUUUCCCAAAUUGCACACAUUUAACAACAGCUGUGCCAUCUAGUGGUACAGCCAUACCUACACUUACGUCUCCCACCACAAGCUGUGCUUCUUCUGGAAUGGGGUGUCCAGCGCCAAUAUUAACUUCUGCUACAGCAUCCACUGUCACCACUAACAUGACUGGUACUAAUCCAACGAGAUACGUCCAAUCUACCACCACAUCACCUGCAAUCACCACUAGCAUGCCCUUAACCAGCAUAUCUACAGAUGCUACGCAUUUCAUUAUUCCAUCAGCUGCCACCACCACUAACACACAUCUACACCCCAGUCCUGCCAAUGAGGGACUUUACUACAGACUUUCAUUUGUUGUAAAUGACAACCAGGCAAAGAAUUCUGAAUUGGAGGUAGAGAGGACUGUCAUGCUUUGGCUUAAUCAAACAUUUAAAAACUGGACAUACAGUGUGUAUGUUGUUGAUGACAGCGUUCAGCUUUUUAAUGUUGGCGGUGGUUCCAGUGCUGCUAAACGGUACACCUGUCGAGCCCUGCUGAUUUACAGAUAUACCACCGAGAGCCCACUGGAAGAGGCAGUGAUCCAGGACAGGCUGCUGAAGAAAAACUUGAACGUUGGAAGUGGCCUAGUGCUGGAUUCCUUCGCUGUCCAGGCUGUGGAGAACUGUGAAGCAGAAGAAAAUCCCACACAUUACAACUGGCCUGAAAGCAGGCCCACAGUGACCCAGUUUGUCCCCUGCUUUCCCAAUAAGGCACUGAACGCCUCCAGAACAUGCGUGCUAAACUCACAAAACUACUCUUCAUUCUGGGACUCUCCUGACUUCACCAACUGCACUGAUAUUGACGGCAUUGAGGUGUCUGCAGAAAACGCGGCAGACGUGGUCACGCAGCUGGCUGACAUAACGCAGAAGGAGCUCUCGACCAAUGAGGUCUCGAAGGUCGUCACCAAGCUGAAAGAGAUCGUCAACGUGGCCAAAAUCAACGCAUCCCUGGCUUUUAGCAUGGUGACCGUCUUCUCCAACGUGAUGACAAGCUCUGAUACAGCGCUGGCAGCCACCUCAGAACUGGCCCUGAAAACCGUGGACGAGAUGGUCCAGAAGAUUGUGUUCGAUGGGCCGUCCCUGAGCAUCUCUUCCGAAAACCUGGCCCUGGGAAUCUCCUCCCUCAACACCAGCGAUUACAACGGGACGUCCUUCAGCGCGUUCCAUGCCCCCAACACUACUGACGUUCAGAUUGAUUUUGAGUCGGAGCAGCUGAAUCCCCUGGCCGCCGUCACGCUCCCGGCCACGCUGCUGAGCAACCUCAGCGCGGCGGACGUGGAGUCCAGCUACCGCAUUAAUUUCAUGUUCUUCAGUAAGGUUGGGCUGUUUCAGGAUCACACAUCUAAUGGGCUGAACUUAAGAAGCUAUGUGGUUGCUAGCAGUGUGGGCAGUGAGACCAUCAGAGACCUACAGGAUCCUGUGAAAAUAGAGAUUGUACACUUGCAAAACCAGUCAAAUCCAAAGCCUGUGUGUGUGUUUUGGGAUUUUUCCAUCAAAAAUGGCACUGGCGGCUGGAACAGCAAGGGCUGCCGGGUCAGCCCAGAGUCCAACCAGUACAAGACCGUCUGCCUGUGCGACCACCUGACGCACUUUGGCAUUUUAAUGGACAUAUCCGGAUCCGCAGCAAAGAUUGAUGCGCAGAACACCAAGAUCCUCACCUUCAUCACCUACAUCGGCUGUGGCAUAUCCGCCAUUUUCUCAGCCGCCACACUUCUCACCUACAUCGCCUUCGAGAAAUUGCGCAGGGACUAUCCUUCUAAGAUCUUAAUGAACCUCAGCACCUCGCUCCUCAUGCUGAACAUGGUGUUCCUCCUGGACGGCUGGCUGGCGUCCUUCGACAAUGAAGGCCUGUGCAUCGCCGUGGCCGUCUUCCUGCACUACUUCCUGCUCACCUCCUUCACCUGGAUGGGCCUGGAAUCCGUUCACAUGUACAUCGCCCUGGUCAAGGUCUUCAACACCUACAUCCGGAGGUACAUCCUCAAGUUCUGCAUCGUCGGAUGGGGUUUGCCUGCUACAAUCAUAUCUAUCGUGGUAGCCAUUGACAGGAAGUUCUAUGGGAAGGAGUACUAUGGUAAAGAGGAGAAUGGUCAAGGCUCUUCUGAAUUCUGUUGGAUUAGGAAUCAGCUGGUUUUCCUCUUGACGUGCGUGACCUACUUCUGCCUCAUCUUCCUGUUGAACGUGGCCAUGUUCAUCGUGGUGAUGAAGCAGAUCUGCGGACGCAACGGCAAGCGCAGCAACCGGACGCUGCGCGAGGAGGUCCUGCGCAACCUGCGCAGCGUGGUCAGCCUCACCUUCCUGCUGGGCAUGACCUGGGGCUUCGCCUUCUUCGCCUGGGGCCCCGUCAACCUGGCCUUCAUGUACCUCUUCUCCAUCUUCAACUCCCUGCAAGGGUUAUUUAUCUUCAUAUUUCACUGUGCAAUGAAAGAAAAUGUUCAAAAACAAUGGAGGAGAUAUCUGUGCUGCGGAAAAUUCCGUCUGGCUGAAAAUUCAGACUGGAGUAAGACUGCGACGAACAACACAAAGAAGGUCAGCUCUGAUAACAUAGGGAAGUCCCUCUCCUCCAGCUCUUUCGGCUCCAGCACUGCUAACUGGACCUCCAAGGCCAAAGCAACACUAAACCCAUUUGCAAAGCGGAGCAGCAAUGCAGGUAAAGGCUACGCCAGCCAGACAAGCCCCAAAUUCAGCCCUGCCGAUGGGGACGGCUCCUCCUCUAUCAUCCCUGUGCACCAGGUCAUCGACAAGGUGAAAGGCUACUGCUCCGUCCGCUCCGACAACUUCUACAAGAACAUCAUCAUGUCGGACAGCUUCAGCCACAGCACCAAGUUCUAGACCCGCUCCCCCCACCCCGACCCCCCCC